AUGUCAGCUCCAUAUUCCGGACAGUGUCUCUGUGCCGCUGUCAAGUUCAGCAUCUCGUCUGAGCCAGUUACAAUUGGCAAGUUCGCGACGAAGGAUGUCCAAAUAACGGCUGCCGACAACGCCAUCGGCGAAUUCAUCCUCUCGGAUACAGCCAGCGGAAAUAAGAAAGAAAAGCACUUUUGCCGAACAUGUGGAUGCACAUUAUGGACGAUUCCCGCCGCAGCCAAAGGAGCAUUUCAUCUCAUCCGGCUGCCACUCCUGGACGGAGGGCUAAAUCUCAAGCCGGCAAACGAGAUCUUUGUCAAGAACCGGCCGAAAUGGAUGGAGCCGGUUGAGGGAGUCGGCCAGUGGGAAGAGAUGAGAAAGUAA